AUGACUUGGAUUAGAACAGAAUUUUUAAUUAAGGGGAAGAUCAUUAAACCUUUCUUACCUAAUGAUAAGCAUCCCACAUUACGUAAUGAUAAUUUUAAGAAUUUAUAUCCUGGUGAUAAAGUUUAUAUUUUUGAAGUCAAGGAUAGUAAAUGGGCUAGAGUUUAUGCCGUGACAAAACCACUUCCUACUGAUUAUCUUGCAAGUUCCAUCAAUUUAGAUGAUUUAUUGGUUGAAAAAAAUAAGAUCGUGGUGGUCCCAUUGAGUUAUAUCAAGAUCUUGAAAGAAAUGCCUUCAGAAGAUAUCAGGGUCUCCAAGAAAUUUAAUAAUAUAUCAGAUGACAGUAAUAUCCCAACCAUUCGUGACACUGAAUUGGCACACCAAGAAGCAGUUGAUGGAGAUGCAGUUGAUACCUAUAUCAAGAAACAUGUCCCACCAUUACCUACAAAGAGAGACCAUUCACGUGAUACCCUUCUUGAUGAGAUUGGUUAUUCUUUGGAAUUGCUUAAUGCCCAUAUAUUUGCUGUUUAUGCCAAGAGUGAAUUUAGAUUAUUUGAUAGAUUGACUGCAAUUUAUUACAGUUUAUAUGAAACCAGAAUCAAGUUGAACUACCACUUGUUAACUGCUGAAGAAGCCUUGGUUGCUAGAGAAACAGCCACAUUUUUAUUGAACAAGAUCCCAAAGAUGUUGGCUUCCAAAGCAACCAGAUUGAACCAAAGAUCAUACGAUUUAGACAAUGCCGACACCGAUAUUUCUGGGUACAAAUCCAUCAUGGCAAGAGAUCCAUAUUCUGGAGAAAUCUUAUCAUUGGGUUCGGCUACUCCAGCAUCCAUUGCAUUGAAUAACGAGUUAUGUGCUUUGCUUCCAAAUUACCCAAUUAAUGCUCAUCAACACAAGAAUAGCUACUCUUUAACUCCACCAGCAAAUAAAAAAUUCGAAGUUGAACCACCAUCCCAUAUUCUUGUUGACUUUAGAUCAGUUAGUGGAUCAUCUGCUUAUCAACCACCAGGUUUUGCUGGUAUGAUUGCUUAUAUGUAUCUUCGUAAUUCAAGAAAGAGAUUGACUGAAGCCUUUGCUGUGCACACUAAUUCCGUUGAUGAUCUUGUUCAUGUGGAAAAAAUCAGUGCUGCAUUAUUUAGGAAUCUUCCUGCAAGUGAAAUUGAUAACAAUAGAGUCUACCUUGUAGCAGUGUUGACAGAAGAAGUCGAUUUAAGUAUCAAAACGUCAGGUCAUGUUCCAACAAUAAAAAGAGUCAAGAAAGGUGUUGCCGCUGGUGUUGCUGAUAUCACCAGAGUGUUUUCAAGAAAUGAGGGUUCCCUUCAAUCUGGUGAAGCACAUCAUUUCUCCAUUAAAUUAUUUGGAUCGUACAUGAACAAAAAAGGACAGAAAAAUAUGGUGGAAGAUCUUAGAGGUGUUCCUAAUAACGGUUGGGGUGAAGUUGUUGAUAGAAUUAUUGCCGGUUCAAGUCAAGGUGUUGCUGUGAAUCCAAGAGCAGAAAAAUUGAUCAUUACUGUUAAAGAGUUUAAACAUCAAUUCCAAGGAAAUGCAGCAAACCAAUUAACUUCUUCAGCUCCAAUUUCUAGAAUCAAACCGAUUUUCUUUGACCCAUUGGCUGAAAAUUAUGAACGUAUUUAUUUAAAAAUGGGUAAAGUUUCUUUACUUGGUUCAUCUGCUAGAGAUGAUUUGUUGACUUUUGAAGUUAGUACCCCUAAUAAUGAGUUAAUCACUUUUGCUAAAGCUUCCAAUCAACAAGAAAAAAGAUACUGGCAGUUCAUUUCCGUUUUCCCUGGUGAAUCUAUUGGGGAAAUUGUCAAAGUUAAUGGUGUUGCCUUGAAAAAUGCUUCAAAGAAGUUACCUAAAGAUGAUUAUAUUGUGUUGUCAUUAUUUGUCAAUGGUGUCUUGGCUGGUGAGGGUAGAUUACUUUACAAAUCAGGCAAUAGAUUGGUUGAAUUUAACAAGAAGAAAACACACACUAUUGAAAUCAUCUCCACCACCCAUAGCGUCCCAAUGGCCCAUGUUGAGCUUAGUACUGAAUAUGUUGGUAAGAUUUACAAUUCUGAUGUAUCAAUUGACAACAUCUUCCAGUAUGAAAGAUUCUUCCAAAAUGGACAAAGUGGUAUUGAUGAACUUUCAAAUUCUUUGGUUGCUUUUAGUAGAUUGGAUAUAUCUCAACUUGUUAAAUACUUUGCCGAAUUGUUGAGUUCUUUAUAUGGUAUUAUCAGUAUCUCCAGUCGUCACACUGGUCCAAGUAUUGAAAUUCUUGAAGAUAAUACAUUCAAAGGUAUUGUUCAUAUGUUGGAUGUCAUAUUUGGUAAACAAGAUCAAUACUUGCAUCUUAUUGACAAUUUCGUCGCCAAAUACAAGAGUCUGAGUCAAGUGGGUAUCUUUUUGUUAACCAAAGUUGAAGAAGUAUUCAACAGAGCUGCUUCUAGUUGGAACGCUGUGUCAAGAUCAGUUUGUCGUAUUCUUUCCAUUAUCUUGAAAUUAUCUGUUUCAUCAAUGAGCUCACCAAGCGAUUAUGAUUUGUACUUGAAAUCCUUGAAUAAUUUAUUUAAAUCAAUCGCAUAUCUUCUUUCAUUGGACUCACCAACCUUGAUUGAUGAUCAAAUUUUGAUUAUGGAGAUUAUUGACUAUGUCUUUGCAUUUAGAACCAACUUGGAUGAAUCAAAACUUGUCAAGAUUAUCAUCAAUUGUAUUAAUUCAAUUGGUCUUAAAGGUUUGGGUGUUGAUGAAAUUAAUCUUCAAACUGGUGUUGCCGUUGGUAAUGCUAAAGACCAUAAAAUUAUUAUUAGUAAAUUAUUGUUGAUCUUGAGAGUACUUAAUACUGACUUGGUUAAAGAUGAAGAAACCAGAAGUAUCUUGUUACCAAAAGCAAUUAUUUGGGCUAUGGAUGUUUUCUUGGGUCCGACUGAUAUUGAUGCUACUAGAUUGGCUUGUAGUGUAUUGAAUGCUGUUUGUACAACAUUAUGGAAUAAUGGUGAUAUUCAAACAACUGGAAAGGAUUUGGACAUUUGCUUCUCCUUGUCUAAGUUCUUACCAGCCAUUGCCAGAACUUUCAUCAAGUACAACAAGCACACUAGAGGUAAUGGUUCAUUCCAACCAAAACGUUUAUUCACACAAUUGUUCCCAACUAGUUUUCCAUUUUCAGAAUUUUCCAUUGAUCCAAUUGUUAAUGACGAAGUGAUGGUAGAAGUUUUAGUUGAGCUUGCUACUUGUUUUGCAUUUGUUGCUCGUAUCGGAAGAAAAGCAGCUGGUAAUGAAGGAUACACCAAGAUUUUCAGUCAUCAAAUUGAAAACGAUUGUUUUGUUCCUGAAAGAUAUUUGGCAGCUAAUUUCCAAAGUGAAGAUAUUCUCACUAUGAUCUCUGGUAUCAGAUACAUGAGAUUGGGUAAGUAUUUCCCAGAAACCAAAUGGUUUUCCAUCUUUUCAGUUAUUAUUGAAGGAAGUUUGUGUGCCAUUGAAUUGGUCAGACCGAUUCUCGUUAUCCAUCAACUUCCAUCAUUAGAUGAUUCAGAAUUAUUUGACAGGGUUCUUUGGGGUAAUUAUCUUAGAUGUUUGUUCAAAUUGGCAAUCUUGCCACCUGUUUCCGUUGAACAUUUAUCUGAAAUUCCAAAAGGUGCUUGUUCCAGAAUUACGAAUGAUGUUCGUAAGCGUGCUGCUUUCUUGAUUAACGAAGCUUGGGACUCCUUGGCAUGGGAAUCAACAGAUGAAGAUAUGCUUAGGUUUAACUUGAAGAAGUUUGGUGGUUACCAAGUUGAGUUUAUUAACGAUGAGUAUGGUAUUUUACCAGAUUUAAUGUUGCUUGGUUUACAAAGAGACAGUGAAUGUCAAAGUGUUGCCGUUAAGAUCUUGUGGUCCAUUAUGAUUUCAGAAUAUAUUUUAAGUGAUUCUCUUAUGGAUGUUGAAAAGCAAUGUUUGGUUGGAUUACAUGAAAUUUAUCAUAGACAUGCCUACAAGCCAACCGCCCUUGAUCAAGCCAAUUUCAUUGAAAGAAUGAAAGUAACCAUUAGAUUAGAUCGUGAAGAUGUUGCCUUCGACAUCAUUUAUGGAUUCAUCAAGAAUCUUGAUUCAUUCUUUGGUACUCUUAACUACUAUACAUCUGUACCUGCUGGUCCUCAAUUUGACGAAGAUAGAACUUUCCAUGAAAUCAAAUUGAAAGCACAAAUUAAGAAUGCAGGUAAACCAGAACUUUUCAAUUCAUUCAUUCACCAAAUGUAUGAACAAUAUGUUGCUAAGAAUGAUUUUGUUCAAGCUGCAUUAACAUUGGAAUUACUUGCCAGUACUUAUACUUGGGAUAAUCACAUCAUGGUUCCAGCCAGUUUCAGACCAAAAUUCCCAGAACAAAGUUCAUUUGAAAGAAAAGAAGCUUUAUUCAAGAUGAUUGCAAAUAAUUUUGUUCGUGGUAAUUCAUUGGAAAAAGCUGUCCAAAGUUACAAUGAAUUGUUAGAGAAUUAUAACAUGCAUACUUAUGAUUUGAAGAGUUUUGCUUAUGUUCAUAACAAAUUGGCACAAUUGUAUUUGGAUUUAGAAUCUUCAGAUAAAUUGACACCAGCUUAUUUCAUGGUAAGAUUAAUUGGUGGUGGGUUCCCUGAUUAUUUGACUAAUAUCAGUCAAAUCUUUGAGGGUAAAGCAUUUGAACAUUUGACUUCUUUCCAUCAAAGAAUUUUGAAGAUGUAUCCUGGAUCCAAGAUUAUUACUGAUGAUGAUGAAGCUAAACAAUUGAGUGAAAGCAGAACAAACGGAAGAUUCUUGCAUAUUAAGACUGUUGAACCUGUUUAUGAAUUCUCUGAUAAGUUGCUUUACACAUCUGUUGGUGUGAGAAAGUAUGCUAGAGAUAAGGAUCUUCGUUCAUUUGUUUCCACAAAAGUUAUUCCUGGUUCUACAUCUGUUUUAGAUAUGUGGACGCAACAAACUACCUACCAUUCUUGGUUGUCAUUCCCAACUCUUAUGAAUAGAUCAUUUAUUAAGGAGGUGCAAUCUGUCAAGUUAUCACCAUUAGAGAAUGGUAUUAGAAUUAUUGCUGAUAAGAACAAUGCUUUGAUUGAAUUGGAAGCUUCUAUCAUUAAGAAGUCUACUGAAAAGAGUGAUUUCACUGAGCAAUUGAAUGAUUUAUCAAGACAAUUAGCCGGUACUGUUGAUUCCCCAGUGAAUGGUGGUGUUGGUCAAUACCGUGCAUUCUUCACCGAUGCCAAAUAUCAAAUUAAAGAAGAAGACAUUAGAAAAGUUAGUUUAUUACGUGAUGCUUUCAAUGAUCUUGCCAUGAUUUUGUACCGUUGCUUAACUUUACAUGGUAGAUUGAUUGGACCAACUAUGAAAGUUUCCCAUAAUGCAUUAGUUGAGUUAUUCAAUAAGAAUUUCAAAGAAGAAAUUAUUGCUUUAAGAUUAGGUGAAGAAGCACCUAAACCUGCGCCAUCAAGCCGUGUUUCAAUUUUCCAAGACAAACGUUAUGCAGGAAGCCAAUUGAAUGAGCGUGCUUCAAUCUCCAACAUGUCUGGUUCAAACUAUUCUGGUUCAAGAUUGGCAAGAUCUCCAACAAACGCGUCUACGAAUUCCUCCAGUUCAUCGAUGAAUAGAUCUGGUAGAUCUUCUGGAUAUCCAUCAAGUAAUAUCCAACCUGGUUAUUCUGGAUUAGUUGGUUCUUCUAUUCGUACUGGCGCAUCCACUACUGCUAAGACAACGAUUUCCUCAAAAUCCAAUGCCGUUAAUGGUGGUUGGUAA